UGUCGAGUAUUUUGUUCGUUUCAAACAUGCUAAAUACGCGAUCAAAGAAUUGAGUGUUUUCUGAGUGAAAAGUUAUACUAUUUUAUUUGCUAUUACAUAUAUUAAUAGCACAUUUGCUUUUGUACGAUUAAAUAUACUGUUCAACAAAUUUAAUAUAAAAAUAAAUUAGUUCAGUAAUUAGAAAUGCGAUAGCAUCAAAAAGUUUGCCAUAAAAUUUUUGUUUUAGAUUUAUUUCAUCUCAGUACGAUAGAUUUGAUAAUACACACUUGAAAACGAAUAUUUUUUAAUUAUUUAUCUUUAUAAUGUCUCAUUUAAAGUACAUGAAAGAAAUAAAUAAUUUAACUCGUAUGGAUGAAGCUAUUAAAGGACCGCUUCCACGGUGGCAGAAAAAAUGUUUAGAAUCAUCUAAUUCCAGCAUCAAUCUUAGUGUUAAUUCGUCACGAAAGACUGCAAAUGCAUCAUUCGCAAAUGUUACAACAGGAAAGACACCAACGAAAAAGAAUGAUUCUCGAACAAAAAAAACACCUUCUAAAGGUUCUAAAAAAUCUCCAAGUCGUACUUCUGCACUUACUAAAACACCUAAUGGUGGUGAUAGAUUUAUACCCUCAAGAUCAACAACUAAUUUUGAUCUUGGUUAUUAUAAGAUUCAACAAGCAAAUGCAGAAAAAGAUGAAGAAAAAGUUGACAAUACGAGUCCUUCUAAAAGAGAAAUGCAGCGGCUUAUAGGUGAAAAUUUACAUGGGGGUGACAUUAAUAAUAUGAGAAUUUUAUCUUACCAAAACAAAGCACCUGCUCCUCCAGAAGGUUAUCAAAACCCACUGAGAGUUAUAUAUAGUCAAUGUAAAACACCAGCAAGUGUUAAAGUUUCUACAAGAUACAUACCACAAACUCCUGAUAAAAUAUUGGAUGCGCCAGAAAUUGUUGAUGAUUAUUAUUUGAAUCUAGUUGAUUGGUCAGAAAAUAAUAUUUUGGCUGUAGCAUUAGGUGCUAAUGUAUACUUAUGGAAUGCUGCAAGUGGAACUAUUGAACAAUUAUUUGAAUUAGAGGGCAAUGAUUAUGUUUGCUCUGUUGCAUGGAUACAAGAAGGUCCUUAUUUAGCAGUAGGUACCACAGUAGGAAAUACAGAACUAUGGGAUUGUAGUCAAAUGAAAAGGGUACGUGUAAUGAAUGGUCAUGCAGUCAGAGUUGGUUCUCUUGCUUGGAAUUCAUAUGUUUUGACCAGUGGAUGCAGAGCAGGACAAAUAGUGCAUCAUGAUGUUAGACAAAGGGAUCAUUUGAUAUCGACGAUUAACGCACAUGCUCAAGAAGUGUGUGGCUUAAAAUGGUCACCUGAUGGAAAAUAUCUAGCAAGUGGCGGUAAUGAUAAUAUGCUUCAAAUAUGGCCUUCGAUUUCUGGACAAAGUCAUACGCACACACAACCGAUUUAUUCAUUAAACCAGCAUCAAGCAGCUGUGAAAGCACUUGCAUGGUGUCCAUGGCAAAAUAAUAUUCUCGCUAGUGGUGGUGGUACAGCUGAUAGAAGUAUUCGAUUUUGGAAUUGUAAUACCGGUGCAUGUUUAAAUACCAUAGAUACCAAAUCACAGGUAUGUUCGUUACUAUGGUCUACGACAUAUAAAGAAAUCGUGUCCGGCCAUGGAUAUGCACAAAAUCAAUUAACUAUUUGGAAAUACCCGGCAAUGACGAAGGUUGCAGAACUCACAGGUCAUUCUAGUCGUGUCUUACAUUUAGCAAUGUCUCCAGAUGGUACUACAGUACUUAGUGCAGGAGCUGAUGAAACUUUAAGACUGUGGAAAUGCUUCCAACCUGAUCCUCAUAAAAAAAAGGAAACUAAUGAAAUAAAAUCUGUCGCGUAUAGACUUAAGCAAUCCAUACGAUAAUUUUGUUUAUCGUGAAAUAAAAUAUUGUAUUUAUCUUUAAUGUGUAAAACAUAGUGACCUCUUCUCUAAUGAACAGAGAAUUGUAGUAUAAUUUCCUGUUAUUUAUCAAUAUAUUUAAAAUAAACUUAAAAUAUUUAGUACCUGGAAGUACCAACAUAUUUUUAUAAA